AAUGAGGCGUGACUGUGUUGCGCGGGCAGUGGGAGAGGCAGGCGGGUGUGUGGUCAUCAGGAGGCGCCAGGCAGUGAGGGGGGAGGGAGCGGCGGUUGCUGAGCGGUUGCUGGGGGGAGGCUGCUGUUGGAGCCGCUGGUGGUAACAGAAGGGAUGCCCAAGAAGUUCCAGGGAGAAAACAGCAAGUCAGCGGCUGCCAGAGCGCGGAAGGCGGAGGUGAAGGCAGCAGCAGAUGCCAAACUACGGAGGGAGCUGGAAGAUGCCUUCUGGAAAGACGAUGACAAGCACAUAGCGAGAAAGGAGCAACGCAAGGUUGAGAAGGAGAAGAAGCGGGUGGAUGUUCUGGAGCGGAAGAAAGAAAUCCAGCGUCUCCUGGAUGAGGAGGGAUGUAGCAUGACGGUAAAAGCCAGCAAGCCGGCGCCGCCUGUCAAGAUAACCCGCGCUCAGAUAGAGGCGUCUGUUAAAAGGGAGAACGGGGGCCAGGCUGCAGAGGAAGUCAAAGAGAAACAGAUGAGCCACCUAGAGGUGCCAUUGGAGGAGAAUGUUAACCGCAUAUUGCUCAGUGAAGAUGACAUCGAUGCCAGGACUGUUGAAGAUGCCAUUGCUGCCCUCAGCACGGGGGAGAGCGUGGACCACCACCCAGAGCGCCGCCUGCGAGCUGCCUACGCCGCCUUCGAGGAGGCCAACUUGGGGCGCUUGAAAAACGAAAACCCCAACAUGCGGCUGUCGCAGCUCAAGCAGAUGCUGAAGAAGGAAUGGAUGAAGUCGCCCGACAACCCGCUGAAUCAGCUGCACGGGGCCUACAACGCCAAGAGCGAGCGCCUGGCCUGAACCAGCCCCAGCUCCAGCCCCAGGUCCAGCCCCAGCCCCAGCUCCAGCCCCAGCCCCAGCUCCAGCUCCAGCUCCAGCCCCAGCCCCAGCUCCAGCUCCAGCUCCAUCUCCAUCUCCAGCUCCAUCUCCAUCUCCAGCUCCAGCUCCAUC